AUGGAGCUUGCUGUGAUAGCCGAGUCCUUGACGCCAGUAUCAACCAAUCCAGAACCAAAUCCCUUUGUGUCGUCUUCAUUCGGACAGGAGAUUUUGCCGACCCACACCUUUACAAAUGCACCCGAAGUGGAAGUGCUAAUCAUUCCUGGAGGUUUUGGGACUCGCAAUAAAGUAUCAAUGGCUCCUGUCGAAUCAUACAUUCAAUCCGUAUUCUUCAAUUUGAAGUACGUGAUUACUAUCUGCACAGGGUCUGCUAUCCUCGCGGGCAUGAGCCUCCUGGACAAUCGGCGAGCGACAACUAACAAAUGUACUUGGUCCUUGGUGACGCCGCUCGGGCCAAAGGUCAAAUGGGUACGAAAGGCCCGAUGGGUUGUUGACGACACCCCCGGAGUCACACCGGUGUGGAGUUCUUCAGGGGUCUCUGCGGGCAUUGAUGUCACGUUUGCAUUCAUCCAGAUGUUGUAUGGUGCAGGGACAGCCGAGUCGGUCGCAAAUGUUAUGGAAUAUGAGAGACAUUUGGAUGACAAAUGGGAUCCAUUUGCUGACGUUUGGGGGGUCACGGGAGAUCUUGAUUGA